AUGGAUUCAGAAGACGGAGAACUGUUCAUAAAGCAACUUGCCAGCUUCGUGCGGACGCAUGAAAAGGCCCUCGCAAACGCCCUUCAGUUGCAACGCCGUCAAACUCGGCACAAAUCCUCUCAGAGCACUGGCUCUGCCGCCGCACUCUCCCAGACCUCAACCUCCCUCCCCGACCGACCCGCUACCUCCUCAUCCACUUCGAGCUCACUCGCCGCCGCCUUGUCGCUGGGCGCCCUCAGCUUCACCUCCCAUAAUGUCAAAUCGGCCAAGUUGGCGCUCACCCCUCACCACCUAUUCUAUCUCCUCUCGCGUUUCGAAGAGCUCAACAUCAAUGUUGGCCCUAUGAAGGUCCGGCUGGAAAACCUCCACGACAGCUCAUCCUCAGCCAACUAUGUCUCGUUCCUCAGCAACACCCAACGGUCAAGGAGCAAGGGUUCCGAUAUCGAUUCCAUUCAUUCGGUAUCGAGUAUGCGCAGCGUCAUGUCUGGCAUGUCUGCCUUGUGGGCCAGCUUUGGCAUCGGUGCCAGCAUCUCUGCUGCCCGCACUGAGCGCCAGAAGGCUGCUCUGGAAGCCGACAUGAAGUACCUUUACUCUGCGUUUACCAAGAUUCCCUGUCUUAAGCUGGCACCGGAUUGGCGUGCUCGCCUGAUCCGUGGCUAUGAGGAGUUCCCCUUUGACUCGGCCGUCCCUCUUUACGCUUUCAAGAACCUCCAGGCCCUCGAGGUCAACAGCAUCGACUUUCGACAGUUUUUCGGCUGGGAUCGCUUGGCCGAUCAGCUGCGAUCAUUGACGCUCAAGCGUGCUGGUGUCGAGGAUCCUGCGGACAUUCUGAUUGAGAUCGUAUUGGAUGACAUGGAUAAGCGUCGGAGACGAGUUUCCAAAUCACAGUCAUCACCUACCUCCGCGUGGGCAGGGAGCAGCAGCCCUCGACGAAGCGGUGUCCUCGCUGGCCAUCCAGAGCUUCAUCGGGCCGCUUCUGCACCGAGCUCUCCUGGUCACCAUGUUGAUAUGAGGAUUGGUUCGAUGACGCCCAGCGAACAUGCUGUGGAAGAAGGCAGCCGCAGGCAGUCUUUGAGCAGAGAGGACCAGGAUGAUUCCUCCAAGCCUCAACACAAGGAGGCUCGUCCCCGAAGCAACUCACCUCCUCGACCUGCUAGCUCUCGGACUCAGUCCCACCACGUUCGUGGUGGACAUCACCGUAUGAGGCGAUCUGGAUCUGGUAGCUCUCAUUCCAGCCUCUCGGAUUCCUGGGGUGGUCACCAUCACGCCCGUGGUAGCUCGGGCAAUCUGCUUGCGAUGGGCAUCCUUCCUGCCUCCAAAUGGCGAUUCCUGAGACACUUGAGCCUGGCGGAGAACUCCAUGACCUCCAUUCCUCACAAUAGCCUCGCUCCCCUCUCCAACACACUCUACUCUCUUGACCUCUCAGCCAACCUCUUCAGUCAGGUUCCGGACAGCCUGGCCACGCUUACUGCUCUGCGAGCCCUCAACUUGUCACACUGCAUGAUUGACUCGCUUCAGUCGCUCACUCGCAACCCCCUUCCCGCCAUCACAGCCUUGAACCUCAGAGCCAACAGACUUCAGUGUCUGGCUGGUGUUGAGAAGUUGUUCCCCCUUGAGCGACUUGAUCUGCGAGAGAACCGUCUGGUUGAUCCCAUGGAGCUCGCGAGACUGACUGGUAUCCCUGAUAUUCAUGAGAUUUGGGUGGAAGGUAACCCCUUCACACGCACGCAUAAAGAUUACCGUGUCACCAUCUUCAACCUCUUCCGCAAGACCCCGGGCUACACGGAGGAUGUCAUCAUUGAUGGCAGCGGACCCAGUUAUGCCGAAAAGCGUAUGCUGGUCGAACGCCCUCCCAUCCCCGAGUCCGUCCCCGUGGUCAAGCCACAGGCUCCUGAGGUGCCCACUGUUGAUGUGAGCAAACCUGCCAUCAUCUACAAUCCCCCCAAGGAGCCAACCGUUCUCCGAAAAGAGCGACCUGCCCCCAAGGCUGUCAUGAGCGAGAUCAACACAAGUUCGACGCGUCGGCGGAAGACCCCCAAGAGACGUAUCGUCGACCUUGCCACGUCUGACACACUCUCCUUUCCCACCCCUGUUGACGUGCACGUGGCGAAGCCAGCUGUCAGACAGCCCAAGGCGCCAGUCACAAAUGAUGGGAACUAUCGAAUCUCGCAAGAGCCUGAGACUCAGUUGUUGCCUCCGGCGGUACUCUCCACCCAGUCGGGCGUUGUGAACGCCCCCGAAGUACCCCGAAUUGAUACCAGCGUGGUACCAAACAUUUCCACUAUCUACUCCACCGACGACGACCGCGCGGAUUGGAAAGAGCCCCAGGAUUGGGAUGCCAGCGGCGAGAUGUAUCGCCAGAAGAUUGAGGCCUUGCGGAAUAAGGUCGGAAACGGCUACCUUUCAGUCCUGAGCGAGGAGAGCUGGGGCUCCAGCCGUCCGGCAGAGUUUUCAUCUCCUGGUCUCCCAUCUACCCCUGUCAUGCGCACCGCUCAUACUCCAAUCCAUCUUCCCCAAGCGCAGGCCAUUCACAGUGGCCGAACCUUGGGCUAGACCAAGACACUCACACACCAUCUGUAUCCGGAGGAUGAUGAUACCCCAAUGAUACCCCUAUAUACCCUCUCUGCCGCAGGAUUUGGUGGAUUCUGCAGCAUGAUUCAAUUCUCCUUGACCUAGCUUGAUUCUGGAGAGUCAAGCUUGGCCACACUUCUGUUUUCGACAUUUAUAAGCAUUUUGCGAUGAUAUUACGGAGCAUAGCGAGGCGGCGUUUUUGGCAGAAGGAACAUUUGCAUUUGUUUGAGCAUUCAGAGCCAUCAUCAUUACUCAUGGUUGCUAUUCUUGGUUGCCGGAGCAUUCCUGAUCAUGUUAGUCGUGGUCUAGACGCAUAUCUAGAACAUGCGGGGAAGCAGAAUCCCUUUUGAGGGCAGGACUUGCUUCUCAAGAAUGCUCAAUUUUUUUCCUCAUCUAUAUCGGGAGGGAAACCCCCGACAUUGGUUUAUUUUGGCUGGAGUCUGGACAAGGCGUUUACGGUACAAGGCUGACAUUUGGUUUUGCAUUUUGGGGUUGUGUGGCAUGGGCUGAAAGAAAAAAGACUUCAGUGGUCGUUUGACAAGGCACACAGUUUGUGGAUUUCCAUAGUUGAGGGGUUGACAGAGUUGUUGUUGAGAUGAGAGUUGCUGUAAUACAUGGAAAUCAUGGAUCUGUUC